AUGCCGUUCAACAAGAGGUCUGCUGCUGCUAAGCUCCGCAUGGCUGAGGCUAUGGCUUCCUGUCCAGGAGGGAUCUGGAAGAAGAGCAAAGGUCCCAUUGGGUCCGAGAGAUGUCCACCAGUGCUCCCUUGGCCAAAGUCACGCUACAGUGGGAAGCAGCAUAAGAUCUUCAUUCCCCAGGAGUCCACCAAUAAGGAGUUGGUCUUGGUUAUUGGUGACUCCCAUCUCCGGUCCUUUGUGGAGAGAGACUUUGUCGUCAGACCACUGGGUCCAUAUUCCUUUGGGUUCUCCUCUUCCCCUGGGGCCACUGCGCGUGAGCUGGAGUUGGAGGUCCAGCAUCUCCACGUCGACCGCCAGGUGUCCAUGUGUGUGGUCCUCGCUAGCGGAAAUGAUGCCGACAAGAAGACUGUGACUCAAGCUGGUCAAGACUUUGAUCGUCUCCUGUCGACUGUAGUCCGACGCUGGAAGAAGGCAUGUGUUGUUGACUUCCCGACUCGUCACACCAUCUCUGAAGCUGUGCAGAACCAGUUUCAUCAGGAAUACCGAAGAGUGGCAGAAACUAAAGGGUUGCGGUACGUCUCCUGCAUUGACAAGUUCCCCAUGAACAACCUUGGACCGUGGGUCUGGGAUGGUGUCCACCUCAGCGUACCCGAGGGCAUGCAAGUCUUGGCUGACUUGAUAUCCAAGGCUGCGAAGGACGAGAUGAUGAGCACCAGGGCGUCCACGUCUCCUCCUCGGAAGAAGACCGCACAUGACACCAGAAGCCAAGCCAGUGGAGUCAACCGACGAAAGCGUGUCCUGCAGCAGGUUUUGCCUACUGCUGUGUCCUCUGGUCGUUUUGCUGUUUUGGACACAGAUGAAACCGAAGAAACUGUGAAGAAGCCCAGAGCAGCUUUGACAGAGAAGAAGAAGGAAAAUGCACCAGUUGCUGUUUUGGAUGUGGAGGCUCCCGUUGUGGACUUGGAGGCUCCCGUUGUGGACUUGGAGGCUCCUGUUGUGGACUUGCAGGCUCCUGUUGUGGACGUGGAGGCUCCUGUUGUGGACGUGGAGGCUCCUGUUGUGGACGUGGAGGCCAAACCCAGAACAACCAGGACUGACGCUGUGGAGGCCAUCCCCAGAACAAUGAGGACCAGACCAAUGAGGACUGACGCUGUGGAGACCAUCUCCAGACCAAUGAGGACCAGACCAAUGAGGACUGAUGCUGUGGAGGCCAAACCCAGAAGAACCAGGACUGAUGCUGUGGAGGCCAAACCCAGAACAAUCAGGACUGACGCUGUGGAGACCAUCUCCAGACCAAUGAGGACCAGACCAAUGAGGACUGAUGCUGUGGAGGCCAACCCCAGACCAACAAUGAGGACUGGUGCUGUGGAGGCCAAACCCAGAACAACCAGGACUGACACUGUGGAGGCCAAACCCAGAACAACAAUGAGGACUGACGCUGUGGAGGCCAAACCCAGAACAACCAGGACUGACACUGUGGAGGCCAAACCCAGAACAACAAUGAGGACUGACGCUGUGGAGGCCAAACCCAGAACAACCAGGACUGAUGCUGUGGAGGCCAAACCCAGAACAACAAGGAGUGAUACUGUGGAGGCCAAACCCAGAACAACAAGGACUGAUACUGUGGAGGCCAAACCCGGAACAACAAUGAGGACUGACACUGUGGAGGCCAACCCCAGACCAACAAUGAGGACUCUGCAUGAAGACGGCAAAGCAAAGAAAAAGCUCAACAAAAAACAGAAAAAACUAAAGGCAGAGCAAUUUGAUUUUGUCUUUAAUGAGUUUUUAAAUAAAGUCAAUAAUGGCCCUGAAUUUAUAUGUUGUGUAUGUUUUCGUUUGUUAUUUAAAAAAUCCGUUGUAAAAUGUAAACAACAAAAUUACAGACGUGAAGCGGCUAAAAUUGCAGAGAAGUGUGUCUCUGAUAAAUACUUGCAUAAAUGUAACUCAGACUGUAGUACCUCCUGUUUGUUAAAAGAAUCAAGAGGGGAGCUGUGGAUUUGCAAUGUUUGUGAUUCUAAGAUUCGAAGAUGUCUGAUCCCAUCGGAAUGGUGGGGCAACAAUUUACAACUUGACCCGAUUCCUCUGGUACUGACAUGUUUGAAUCAUUUAGAAGAACAUUUGAUUGCACUCAACAUCCCAUUUAUGAAAAUGUUAGCAUUGCCUAAGGGUAGCCAAAGGGCGGUCCACGGUCCAAUUACUUGUGUUCCUUCAAGAGUUUCUCAGACUUCUAACUUGCUGCCGCGUUCAAACAUGGAAGGUUGUCUCUUACGUGUGAAAUUGAAGCGGAAAUUGUCAUACAAAGGUCAUUAUGAAUAUCACUUUGUAGACACAAUGCACCUACAAGAAGCUCUGAAGUAUUUAAAAGAAAACAAUAAAUAUUACAAAGAUGUAGAAUUUAAUCCAGAGUGGAUAAAUGAGUUUGAAAAGGAGCCGGAGAAACAAGCAGAAGACCUAAAUGUGUGUGUUGUGGAAGAAAGUGAAGACCCUGACGAUGUAGAAGAUGAAACUCUCCAUGAUCGGCAGCAGCACUGCAUCUAUCAAGACACAUGUGCAAUGCCUAUUGAUCAUGGGCAGGAAGCCUUAGAUCAAUAUUUUGAAGAUAUUGUAAAUCUUGCUCCUGCUGAAGGAAACAAUCCCGUGAGCAUGUUGUCUGAUGUUGACAAUGAAGCAAAGUCAUUUCCAGACCUUUUCCCACUUGGUAAUAAUACUUAUCACACACCCAGACGGCAUGAGUUAACAUUAGCCCGUUACUUUAACAACAGGAUUCUCCAUGCAGAUGGUAGAUUUGCAAAAAGUGUAGAAUAUAUAUUUUUUGCACAAUACAUGUCUGAAGUUCAGCAAGUUAUUCAGCGUGCAUUACGUAAAGGACACACAAAUGCAAAAGGUCAAAAUGACGCACAGGAUCACACUGAAUCCUUGAAGGAUGUUGUGCAGUCAGAUGAUGGCUACCGCUUCUUACGUCCUAUUAGAGGAACUCCAGCCUUUUGGCAGGGAGCACAAAAAGACUUAUUACCAUGUGUGCGAAACCUGGGGAAACCCACGUUCUUUUGUAGCUUCUCAUCAGCUGACUUGAGAUGGGGUACACUUUUAACAACGAUUUUGAAGCAGGCUGGAAGAACACAAACUGCAGAAAGUUUAGAGUAUGCAGAGCGAUGUGAACUGUUAAGAAAUAAUCCAGUUUCAGCUGCACGAUUUUUUGAUUACCGCUGGCACAUUUUCCUGAAAUUUGUCAUAAUGUCCCCAGUCCAUCCAAUUGGGAAAGUUAAAGAUUACUUUUACCGGAUAGAGUUUCAACAGCAUGGGAGCCCCCAUGUACACUCUCUCAUUUGGGUGGAGUCGCCUGUAAUCGGUGUAAACACAGAUAAAGAAGUAGUAGAUUUUGUCGAUAAGUACAUUACGUGUGAAAUACCUUCAUAUGAUGAGGAAUUAGCAGAUAUUGUGUCCACAGUACAACAACAUUCUAAACGGCAUUCUAAAACAUGCAAGAAAAAGAAAACAGUUUGUCGUUUCAAUUUUCCACGACCGGUAUCUGCUCGGACAUUCCUCAGCCAUGUACAGACAAAACCCAAAUGCCCAAAAUGUGAUGUAGAUCAGGACAAUAAAAACCAAGAACAAACAACAAAGGACGAUGUCCAGUGCAAAUGCUCUCAGAAUCAACAAAACUUCAUGAAACCUGAGCAAGCUCAGAAAAUCAUGAUAGCUGUUAAAAAAGCCCUUCUAGAUGAAAAUAAUCCAUGUACUUCCAUAGAUCAGUUGUUUAAAAGUGUUGGUAUCAACCAAGACAUCUAUGAGAAAGCAUACAAAAGUCUAGAACGAAAAACUCAAAUCAUUUUAAAAAGAAAUGUUAAUGAGGUUUGGAUCAAUCCAUACAACAAAUACUUGUUAAAGUGUUUGAAUGCCAACAUGGACAUCCAGUAUGUUGUUGAUGUGUUUGCUUGUAUAGUUUAUAUUGUAAGCUAUAUGUCCAAAUCUGAGAGAGAGAUGGGUUUGUUGUUGAGGCAGGCUCACAAAGAGGCAACUAAAGAUGACAACUCUGAUGCUAAAGAGGCAAUGAAAAAAAUGGGUCAAGUCUACCUCCAUAGUCGCGACGUUUCUGCACAGGAAGCAGUGUACAGAAUAACAAACAUGCAUCUGAAGGAAUGUUCCAGAAAAGUUGUGUUUAUCCCAACCGGUGAUACUAUCUUUAAACUAACGAAACCUUUUAGUGAACUAAACAAACCAGGCACCACAAACAUUUGGAUGACUGGUCUUGUUGACCGAUACAAAAACAGACCUAAGGAUAACAUUUUUAAUGACAUGUGUAUAGCCAAAUUUGCAUCGGACUAUCGCGUUUUAGGUCAAACAGAGAAGAAAUCCAAAAAUAGUAUUAAGUUACUAGAAUAAUUUGGUUAUGCAGCAAAAAGAACAAGAACCAAACCUGCAGUUAUUCAAUAUGCACGCUUUUCUGAGACAAAAAAUCCUGAGUUAUAUUUCAAAAGUAUUCUUCAGUUCUUUCCAUACCGUGUUGAUGAAGACCUCAAACCUUCAUCUUAUGCAUCUUAUGAGCAGUUUUACAAAGACACUGGCAAUAAAACAGUCUCAGUUUUGUCAAUUGUACAUUCAAACUGCUCACAAUAUGACAUUGAAGCUGAAGAUUUGGAGGAAAUGAGUAAAAACAUUGACUCUAUUGACUCUAAUGAAAUAUUAGAAGAUGCAUGGUGUAUGCUGUGUCCUGAGCAGGAAAUAGAGCGUUUGGAAUCCAAAGACGAAUUCAUAAAAGACCCACUGGAUGAUGAGGAACCCGUUCCUCACAUUCCAGAUUUAGCCGUAAGUGACAGAGAAGUUUGUCAUUUAGAAAAGCAACAAAAUGUGAUGUGUCGUUCUGAAGGUUUAGCCUUGAUCAGGUCUUUGAAUGAGCUCCAGCUGUCUAUUUUUUACAAAAUAUGUCAUUGGUGCCUAGAAAAAGUAAAUGGUAAUAGCCCAGAACCAUUACAUGUUUUCAUCACUGGUGGAGCUGGAACAGGUAAAAGUCACCUAAUUAGGGCCAUUCAAUAUGAAGCCAAUCGACUCUUUGCUACAACGCGGCGCCAUCCUGAUAACAUCAGUGUUUUACUCACAGCACCCACAGGUAUGGCAGCAUAUAAUCUCAAAGCAACAACUAUUCACAGUGCUUUUAAUAUAGGAACAGAUAUCAGACUCCCAUACACACCAUUGGGAGAAGAAAAAAUUAAUUCUUUACGGGUUAAAUACACAGAUCUACAAUUACUUAUAAUAGAUGAAAUAUCAAUGGUCCACCAUAAAAUGUUAAAAUACGUCAAUUGCCGACUGCGUCAAGUUAAGCAAACUGGUGACUUAUUCUUCGGCAAUCUUAGCGUCAUUGCAGUCGGUGACUUCUUUCAGUUACCUCCAGUGAAAGGUAAGGCAUUGUACAUGGAAGAACCUGGACAGGUCUGGAGCACUUUUAAAAUUGUUCAAUUACAGACAGUAGUCAGACAAAGAGAUUCCACUUUUGCUGACAUACUUAAUCGACUAAGAACACGCUCCAAAGGGACACCCAUGCUUAAAAGUGAUAUAAAGACUCUAAAAAGCCGUGAAACUGGAGAGGAGUCUUCUGAUCUUUACAUUUGUGCCACCAAUCAACAGGUUCUAUUACACAACUUGGAACAGCUCAAGAACACAUGCCCAGAAAUUACUGAAAUAGAUGCAAGAGAUUUUCACCACAAUAAAAAAAGUGGGAAAAUGGAAGUAAUUAGUGGCCAUCUCAGCAAUGCAAAGCUCACAUCUCUCCAAGAGAAACUAGUCUUGGGAGUUAAUGCUCGAGUUAUGCUCUGUAAGAACAUUGAUGUCAGUGAUGGGCUUGUCAAUGGUGUACGUGGGACAGUAACUCAUAUAUCUGAGAACUACAAAAAUGGCCUUCCUGAAGCUGUGUAUGUCCAAUUUGAUGAUAACAAGGUUGGCACACAAAGUCGGAAGAAACACCGAGCCAUUACACCUGCUUUAAAAACAUCUACCAGAAUAGAACCUGAGGAGGAAAGAGCCAAUAGUAAAGGUGGAAGGAGACGUCAGUUUCCUCUGACACUGGCAUGGGCCUGUACAAUUCAUAAAGUACAGGGCCUAACUGUAGACAAAGCUGUGGUGUCCCUAAAAAAAGUGUUUGCAGCAGGUCAGGCUUAUGUGGCUUUAAGCCGUGUAAGAAGUUUAGAUGGGCUUAUUAUCCAAGACUUCAAUGAAAAAUCUAUAUUUUGUAAUGACAGCAUCAAAGACACUUUAAAGAACAUGCCACCCUUCUUGGAACAAACUGUGCCACACAUCACAAAAAAAUCAAAUGGAUUAACUUUGUUCUUUAUGAAUGUGCAGGGUUUAUCCAAACAUGUUGUCGAUCUGGUGUCUUGUACUAAAUAUUUACAGCCUGAUUGUAUCGCUGUGACAGAAACAUGGCUGACAACUAAUUCACAGCCUCACACAGUAGACAUAGAAGGAUACCACUUCCACAGUUGUCUUCGUAGUCUGUCAUACGAGGGGAGCAAACAUCCAGCGCUCAGGACUCUCCAAAGCCAACAGCAUGGUGGAGUUGGGAUGUACUGUGCAAAUACUACCAAGUACCAGAUCCCCCAAGUACCAGCAUUCAAUCUGGAAUGUUUAAUUUACAGAAACGUUGAUCUCAAUAUUUUAAUUGCAGUGGUUUAUCGUCCACCAUCGUAUCCCAUGUCACUGUUCAAAGAAAAUUUGAAGAAAUUAAUAACUUGGUUAAAUUCACACAGUGACUCAAUAAUUGUCCUUGGAGAUUUCAAUGAUGACAUACUGAAAUCAUCAACGCUGUGUACAUUUCUGACACAAAAUGGAUUUAAACAACAUGUGAAAAAUCCCACCACUGAAAAAGGCACAUUAAUUGACCAUUUCUAUGCCAAAUCUCUGAAAUUUGAUGUAGACUUGGAAAUUGUUCAGACAUACUUCAGUGAUCAUGAAGGUAUCGCAUGUUCUCUUCAGCUAAAAGCUAUUCAAGACAUAGAUGAUCAAUAA